CUACCAAUCGCUUCACUUCAUCAGGGUAGCACCACGGUCAAUGUCGAUCCUCAUUUAGAGACCACACAACCUUACGACUUCAAAUAUAUUGAAAAGACUGUUUAUGAACUAUCUGAAAGAGAUGAUAUUUUAGGCAGAGAUGUCAAGACCGCCUUGAAAGUGAUAGAAGAAGCAUAUACAAAUUAUGGCAUUAUCAUUUAAUGGAGGCAAGGAUUGCACAGUGUUAUUACAUUUAGUAGCAGCCGUGGUAUCAAAGUUAAAUUUACAUCGUGAUAAUGGACAGCGAAUCCGUACAGUGUUUGUCACCUAUCCAAAUCCAUUUCCUCAUGUCGAUGCGUUUGUUAAAGUGUGUAUACAGCGAUAUAAACUGGAAUGUGUUUAUAUACCAGGGCCAAUGAAGAAUGCAUUGCAGCAAUAUUUAGAUGGAUCGAAACACCCCACAGAAGCAAUAUUUGUAGGCAUUCGUAGAACGGAUCCUUAUGCUCAACACUUGACACAUUUCGAUCAAACGGACAAAGGAUGGCCUGACUUCAUGCGAGUACAUCCUAUUAUUGAUUGGAGUUAUAAAAAUAUCUGGGAUUUCAUAUUCCAGUUACGUAUACCCUAUUGUUCCCUAUAUGAUGAAGGAUAUACAUCACUAGGUAGCAUGGAAAACACUAUUCCGAAUCCAACCUUAAAAGAUCAGAACGAACCGAGUGGCUAUAGACAUGCUUGCAAAUUAGAGAAUGAGUUGCAUGAACGUGAUGGUAGAAUUGCUUCAUCAAAAAAAUAAGCAUGUAUAUUAGGAUACUGGAUUGCUUUUGAUUAGAGCAUACUAAAGCGUCUUUGAAUUAAUACUCAUCUGUUAUCAGCAAGAAAAUCAAAUAUUCCCCGCCUUAUUAU